AUGUCAGAUGAGCACGAGGAAGUUAGGACCAAAUGCGCGAUGCUUCAGAAACCCGUUCCGAGGGUAAAACGGCCAAACGCAGUCAACCGACCGGCUCAACAUUUGAACGCAAGCUUGAAUGAGAAAGAAAUAUGCCAAGUACUAGUCCACAUUGCACCUUGUGCCACCCUCAACACACAUCUCACCGCUUGCAGGAGUCGACGAAAGAAAUGUUACCAGUCUCGUCAGGGUACGAGUUGCAGUUUUUGCAUUCAGCGAAACUUGACGUGUUCUGCUAGUCGUCAAGCGACGCAGUCUGUCAUCAUAGCCUACGAACCUCUUGUCAAUCGUCAGGGUACCAUCACAGCUCAGACUUCAGCUGCAUUUAUUCCGGAUCAAGCCUUGUGCGAGGAACUGGUAGAAUUGUAUUUUCGGUAUAUCCACGUCUCCUUUCCCAACAUAUUUCAUCAGGCAACAUUUACAGCAGCUGUCAAAGAUGGUUCCGUGCCCAAGAUCCUCUUCUUUGGAGUUAUCGCUCUCUCUGCUCGGUUCUCGUCACAUCAGAGCCUCGCUGGUAUUGAUGUAUGGGCUCGCGGCCGCCCUUAUGCCAGGGAAGCGGAGAGACUCCUUGACUUGCACGAGAUAUCUUUGACAACUGUUCAGGCAUGCAUUUUAUUGGCGGCCAACUUUGUGAAUGAAGGGGAGCCAAGCACAGAGUCUAUCUACUAUGCCAUCGCCUGUCGAAUGGCUAUGUUGAUUGAUCUCCCCAAUGUUCCAGUAAUGACGCAAAUUGAGCGAGAAGUAAAUCGCAGAGUCUGGUGGUCUUUGAUCACAUCAGAUACCUGGAUAUCCUCUGCUCUUUGUCUUCCGAGGACAAUCAAGCCAAGGGAGGAAGUUCCGCUGCCAAUGAGCGAAUUGACCUUUGCACAACUUCAGCCAGGUGACCUGGCAGAGCUGGGCCCCUCCAUCGACAUAACAUUGACUGAAAGAGAGGAUGUUCACUUUUCGGUGCUUGCUCAUAUGGUGAGACUUAACAGUCUCUUAAACGACAUCAACAAUCUCUGCGUCACAAUUGUAGCCGAACAACCAAAUACCGAAACGGCCGAAAACCUGAUACAUCCUCUAUCUAUGUCUCUUGACGAUUGGGUAUCUCAGAUGCCGCCUCAGAUGCAGUACACCGAAGCCAACUUAAAAUACUGGGCUGGCAAAGGAUUCGGGCGUAUAUUUAUAAGCCUCCACAUCAACUACAACCAUGCUGGGCAGCUUCUCUUUUACCAAUUUCUGCAUCUCAGCGAAACUGCUGCUGAAGAAAUGCCCGUCAAUUCUGCACACAUUAAUGCUAGAAAGUGUAAAAGUCAUGCUGCAAACAUUUGCAAAAUUGUAUCUCAGGCAAAGGAGCGACCAGAUACUGAUGUCCUAUACUCCCUACUCGGACAUGUUCUUGUGCUCGCUUCAACAACACAACUUCACACUGUGCUUUUCAGUGCCGACAACAAAGAGAUAUCGAUGGCAAAAUCUCGCCUCGAGUCUAACUUUGAGGCACUUACAACUCUUCGUUCGUACUGGCCUGUUGUGUCAGCUUCAAUCGGUCGAUUGAGAGCCUUUCACAAUGCCUGCCUAAAAAGCACAAAUAGUUCGUUUCGUCUAGAUCGUUGGAUGUUACAGUUUAUACUGGAGUUUUCCAAGCCUAUAGAGGAAAAGAUUGAGGACUCUGAUUCCCGGGAGAGGGAUCAAUUAGCUCUUGAUCGUUUAAGGCAAUCUCUCAAGACAUAA